UUUUCCAGUGCGAGCGUCUCUCACUCCUAAUCCAUGGCAGAGAGUUCAGGAGUCGGGAGAGGCAAGAAGUUGGGGAAAAAAAAGUGAAGAAAGCAAAGUUUCAAACAAAGUUGCAGGGCUGUGCUCGUGGCUUAUUGCGGGCUCGUAAACGGGGGAGGCUAAGUAAAGGUCUCUUCCCUGCGGGACGGAGGGGUUUUACACCCUCGGUUUAGGAGCGAGGACUUUGAUUUCUUUUCCUCCCAGCGUGUGAAUACCCGGCAAGGGGGCGACAACAAAAUGGGGACGAGGCGAUCUCUCUGGACGCUUUACGGACUAACUCUGCUCUUUCAUAUAGCAUGUUACACUUUUACUGUGACCAGUUCAUCAAAAGUAUGGGGAGAAGUCUCACUGCCAGAGGAUUUGGAGACUGUAAAACGAAACCGAGAACAUUAUAUGGCUGAAUCGGAUGACGAAGACUUCAUAGCAGAUGAAGCUUCCGGAGAGCCUCCAGAAAGUGGUGAGGAAGAGGGCAGCACCCAAGAACCUGAGACCAUCAGCACCACAAGUAUUCCCAUUACAUUAGCACCCUUUGGGGAGUCACAGACUGUUGAGAAAGUGAUCACCUCCGAUGACCUGGAGAACAACAUUUACAUUUAUUACCGGGCCCUUGUGAACUUUACCAACUCCAUCGACUUUGUGCCAGCACUGGAAGACAUUACAUCCACGGAGUUCCAAGAAGUGUCAGAGGCAGUAGUUGAUACACUUGAAUCAGAAUAUCGGAAAAUCCCUGGGGAUCAGACAGUCAGCUUAGUCUUAAUCAAGGAGAUUCAUGGAAGUGUUUUCGUGGAAUUGGAUGUGGGUUCUGAUUUUAACAGCAAUGAUCAGCAGAUUGAAAGUGUGCUUUACUCAGUCAUCAGGAGCGGCUCCAUUGCUUCUUAUGACACUUCAGUGACGGGCUUCCAGUUCCGAAGGCUUGGAGAAGUGACGCCGCCAUUUCCUCUGCCGCCAGAAGCCAUGGAGUCCCCAGUUAUUACCAGUCCUCGAACCUGCACAGCAGAGGAGUUUACCUGCCAAGAUGGUGAAUGCAUUGAAAUUGGAUUCCGUUGUGAUGACCGGAUUGACUGCCGUGACAUGUCUGAUGAGAUUGGCUGUGAGGAGAUCACUACUGCUCGGCCAGUUGUAAUAACUCGUCCACGGCCUACUCCUACAACAAAGCAGGUAGUGGUGACAAGACCACCUCCAAGAACAGUUGCGCCUGCUGGACGACCAUGUCGCCUGGAUGAAGCUGUAUGCCAGAAUGGACAGUGUAUCCCAAGAGAUUACCUGUGUGAUGGCGAAAGGGACUGCAGUGAUGGCAGUGAUGAGCUCAGCUGUGGAACCCAGUCACCUUGUGAGCCCAAUGAGUUCAAGUGCCAGAAUGGCCGUUGUGCCCUCAAGCUGUGGCGUUGUGAUGGAGACAAUGACUGCGGAGACAACUCAGAUGAGACCUCAUGCCCUACCAAAGGGCCAGGUGAAGAAUGCGCACCAGAACAAUUUGUCUGUGUCUCCAGCCGUCAGUGCAUCCCUGCCAGCUACCAGUGUGAUGAGGAAACCGACUGUCCAGACCGAUCAGAUGAAGUUGGCUGCACUCCACCUGAUGUUAUCCGCCCCCCAGAAGAGACCAUAAUGGCAAACAAGGGUGAAACGGUGCAGUUUACUUGCAUUGCAGUGGGUGUCCCAACUCCCAUCAUUACAUGGAGACUCAACUGGGGUCAUAUUCCCCUUAGUGGCAGAAUUACAAUGACCAGUAAAGAAGGCAGAGGAACUCUAAUCAUCAGAGAUGUGAAGGAUGCAGAUCAGGGGGCUUACACUUGUGAAGCUAUCAAUGCCAAAGGAAUGGUUUUUGGGAUCCCUGAUGGAGUUCUUAUCAUUAAGCAGCAGACAGGCCCCUGCCCCAGUGGAUAUUUCAAUGUGAAGGACAAUUCACGCUGCAUCCCAUGUUUCUGCUUUGGGAUCACUCAGAACUGCCAGAGUACACAGCGAUUGAGGAAGAAGCUCACACUCCGCUUUACUGAGCCAUAUGACUUUAAAGGGGUCAAUGUUUCAUUUCCUUCAAAGCCAGCAAGUCCACCAUUGUCCAGUUCUCAAAUUCUUAUCAACCCAGAUUAUGAAGAGUUUCAGCUAGUGGAUUUGUCCAGACGCUUUCUGAACCUUGAGUCCUUCUGGACACUACCAGCCCCGUUCCUUGGAAAUAAAGUGGAUUCCUAUGGUGGAUUUCUGUCUUAUAAGGUCCGGUAUACCUUAGCUAGGGGCCAGACUGAGCCAGAGGAGAGGCCUGACGUCACUAUCAUUGGAAAUGGACAGAAGCUCAUUUACCGCAGGAGAGUCAACGUGCCUCCCAAUCAAACCAGCCAGCAGAGGAUCCAGUUCACAGAGGAUAACUGGCAACACGAGAGUGGAGAUGCUGUGACACGCGAAACCCUUAUGAUGACUUUAGUGAACCUUGAUGCCAUCAACAUCCGCACUGUGUAUGACAACAAGAUGGUUAGCGUUGGUCUGAGUGACAUUGCCAUGGAUACAACAACCUUGGAGCACACCAACCAAGGAUCAGCUGAUACUGUGGAGCAGUGCAGGUGUCCUCCUGGCUACACAGGCCUGUCCUGUGAGAGCUGUGCUCCAGGCUUUGAACGCAUUAAAGAGGGUCCUUAUCUAGGCACCUGUGCGGGUUGUCACUGCAAUGGCCAUGCCAGCACCUGUGAUCCUGUCAGUGGCUACUGUCUGAGCUGCCAGCAUAACACAGAAGGCCCACAGUGCAACAAAUGCAAACCAGGAUUCUUUGGAGAUCCUCGGCGAGGACACGCUGAUGACUGCAAGCCCUGCCCAUGUCCUUAUACUGAAACGUCAAGAAGAUUCUCCAAUACUUGCUUCUUGGAUACUGAUGGUCAAGCAACGUGUGAUGCAUGUGCUACUGGUUACACAGGACGGCGCUGUGAAAAAUGUGCUGCUGGUUAUCAGGGGAAUCCCUUACAGCCAGGUGGCAAAUGUUUUGCUGUUAAUGGAGAUACUAGAUGUGAUGUUCGAGGAACUGCAGCAGCAUCUUCCAGAAACUGCGUUUGUAAGCAAAAUGCUGUUGGAGUCUUAUGUGAUGAAUGCAAGACAGGCUUCUUCCAUCUGAGUAAAGAUGAUCCUGAUGGAUGUAGCCCAUGUUUCUGUAUGGGCAUCACCAGGCAGUGCACCAGUUCUUCUUGGAGCAGAGAUCAGGUCCGAGCUUCUAAUGAUGACCAACAAAGAAUGCUAUUCACCCUGUCAAAUUCGGCAAAUACUCGGACAAUCAACACAGGCAUCCUCCGACAAGGUUCUACUGAGCUCACAUUCCGUACAUUUUCUGAGCUGCCAAGUGACAUCUACUACUGGGUUCUGCCUGACCGCUUCAAAGGAGAUAAGGUCACCUCUUAUGGAGGGGAGCUGAGCUACACAAUACGGUACAAUCCCAGACCCGGCUCUUCACUGGUUUACAAUCGACCAGAUGUUGUCCUGCAAGGCAAUGACAUCUUCCUGGAACACUUUUCUGAAACACAGCCCAUUCCUGGCUCCCCAACCACCAUCACCCUGGUUUUCCGGGAGUCUGCAUGGCGGCGUGCUGAUGGACAACCAUGCACACGGGAGCAUCUUCUUAUGGCUCUGGCCAACAUCAGUGUCUUUAUGAUCAGAGCAACUUAUGCUGAGAGAAUGAUAGAUUCCAGCAUUUCAAAUAUUCGAAUGGACAUUGCGGUGCCCUAUUCCACUGGUAAGGAGAAAGCCAGAGAGGUUGAAGAAUGCGCUUGCCCUACAGGUUACAGUGGACCAUCCUGCCAGAACUGUGAUUCUGGAUACAUCCGCACAAGUGGCUUAUAUCUUGGAUUCUGUGAACCAUGUGAAUGCUAUGGUCAUGCAAGUCAGUGUGACCAGGAGAGUGGGGAAUGCCUGCAAUGCCAACACAACACUGAAGGGCCUCGCUGUGAUCGUUGCAAGCCUGGAUUUUAUGGUAACCCUAAAGAGCAGAACGGAGCCUGCAGACCCUGCCCCUGCCCGGGGACUUCAUCUUCAAACCAGUUCUCUCGGACAUGCUUUGUUGACACAGAUGGCCAGCCCACCUGUGACAGUUGUCUACCUGGUUAUUCAGGACGUCGCUGUGAAAGGUGUGCUGCAGGCUACUCAGGGAAUCCUCUUUUGGGUCAACCAUGCCGUGACAACACAAAUGGUGGUUGUGUCUGUGACCCCAAAGGAAGUCUAAGUGACCGAUGUGAUGUCAGUGGCCAAUGUCUCUGCAAGAUGCAUGUCGAAGGACGCUCCUGCAGUAGCUGCAAAACUGGUUACUUCCACCUUAGUCCUGAUCAGAGAGAUGGUUGUCUUUCCUGUUUCUGUAUGGGGGUCACACAACAGUGCACCAGCUCUUCUUACUACAGGGACCAGAUUGCUACUUCAUUUGCUCCUGGAAACUUUCAGAACUUUGCCCUUCUGAACAGGCAGCGCAGCAAUCGUAUCAGCACUGGCUUCACCGUGGAAGUGGGGGCCUCUGGUGACACCCAACUCUCUUACAGCCAGUUUAACCAGCUAGGCCAGGAACUCCACUACUGGCAACUCCCAGAGGACUACCAAGGGGACAAGAGGGAGGCUUUCUUUGCCCGCAUGAGGCGAGCACACAAGAAAGAUUUCAAUUUGACGGAGGAACAAUUGCGCAAGGAUGCAGUCAUCUGGGACUUAAUGGACUCCAUUAGGAAAUCAAAUCCCAGGACAAAGCGGGCCAUCCCUAAGUCCCCAGCUGAAAUAGAAGAGAUGAAGCGUCUUGAUGAUGAGAUUUGGGAGCUCAUAUCCAGCUUCUCCUCCAACUCCUUACCGCCUUCCCCAGCUCCUGAGCUAGCCCCACCACAACUAAGUUCUAAAACCCAGUCUAGCCCUUCUGCUACACGUUCUUCUUCCUCAUUUCAUUCUCCCCCUUCUAGCUUGAGUUCCAUUGCUAGGGCACAGCGGCGCCCUUCUCCCCUGGCCGCACCUCCAGGAUACUCUUCUAACCUACAUGAUUUCAAGGUGAAUCCUGCCAUACAAGUUCAAAGGCAGGAGAUGACAAACGGUGCGCCGAGGCAGUCUAUACUGCCACGGGGCCACAGACCUGUCGACAAUGACCAGUAUGCUUUGGUCUACAAAGGUUUCGGUUUGCUUCCUGAAGGAACCUACUACUGGCAAUUGCCACAAGAGUUUAAAGGGAAUAAGGUUGGAUCAUAUGGGGGUCGUCUACGUUACACUCUCUCCUACAAUGCUGGGGCAAGGGGUUCUCCAUUACGUGAUGCUGAUAUCCAAAUCUCUGGUAACGACAUCAUGCUUGUGGCAUAUCACGAUGAACACCUGAGGCCCAAGGAGCAGAGGAGCUUCGAAAUCGUCUUCAGAGAGCAAUUCUGGAAGAGGCCUGAUGGACAGCAAGCCACUAGAGAACACCUUCUGAUGGUCCUGGCUGACCUUGAUGAAAUUUUGAUUAGAGCCUCCUACUCGACCGACAUGAUCUCAGCCAGCAUUUCGAAAGUCAGCAUGGACGUGGCUGUGCCUAACUACACUGGUCUCCAGCAGGCCUUGGAGGUUGAACAGUGCCGCUGUCCUCCUGGCUACCAAGGCCUUUCUUGUCAGGACUGCUCUCCAGGGUACACUAGGACGGCUGGAGGACUCUACCUUGGACACUGUGAAAUAUGCGAGUGCAGUGGUCAUUCAGAUUCUUGCCAUCCAGAGACUGGGGCCUGUACGAAUUGCUUGCACAACACUGUUGGUGAGUUCUGUGAUCAGUGUGCCCCCGGCUUUUAUGGUGACCCAACUGCUGGAACACCAGAAGAUUGCCAGCCUUGUGCCUGCCCUUCAGCUCACCCUGAGAACAGCUUUUCUCCUACUUGUGAGAGCUAUCAACCAGGAGGUUACCGCUGCACGGCAUGUUUACCAGGACAUACAGGCCAAUACUGUGAACGGUGUGCCACUGGAUAUGAAGGCAGGCCACAGGAAGGUGUCAAGUGCCGCCCUAUCAACAGUUAUGCAUUUCUAGUGCAAGUGGAGCCCAGGAAAGCAGUGAUAUCUCAAGGAGGAGAAGCAACACUCCAUUGCCAAGCCACAGGUUCACCUCCUCAUUACUACUACUGGAGCAGAGGAGACGGACGGCAGAUACCUUCCAGUGCUCAGAUAAGGCGUCAAGGCCAAGAGCUGCAUUUCUCACGUCUUCAGCCCACUGAUGCUGGUGUGUACCUGUGCACGUGUCGGGGUUUGCACUAUGCCAACACCAGCCGCGCAGAGCUCAUUGUCACAGCUGAGCCUUCUAAAGCUAUCCAAGUAACUGUUGAGGAGCCCACAAUGCAGCGUGUCUCCGUUGGGUCCACAGUCAACUUCAUCUGCACUGCUAAGAGUAAGUCUCCAGCAUACACUCUGGUAUGGACCAGACAAAACAACGGCAAGCUUCCAGACAGAGCAAUGGACUUCAAUGGAAUUUUGACCAUCCACAAUGUUCAGCCUGAAGACCAAGGCAGAUACAUCUGCACAGGCUCCAACAUGUUUGACAUGGAUGAGGGUACUGCUGUCCUCGGCAUACAAGACACUCCACAGAUGUUUUAUCAAGCCUAUGAAAUGUUAGAAGGACAUAAAAAGCCUGUCGUAGGGGUCCAACCUGUGGCAACCGUUGACCCACCAGUACUGACGAUCCAACAGGGCCAACGGGCAGAAUUCCGCUGCAGUGUCACGGGCAACCCACAGCCCUCUAUUGCGUGGCUUGGAGGUCAAGGAAACCGAAUUUCCCCCCAUGCAAUAAUCCAAGGAGGAAGUCUAGUGAUCCCAGCAGUGGAACGUGCAGAUGAGGCAGAGUAUCUGUGCAAAGCCCUAAACUCUCAUGGAGAAAACGUGGCUCGGGCCGUGCUUUAUGUGCACAGUGCCAGCCUUCCUCACAUCCAAGUAAGCCCCCAGAGAAUGUCAGCCAAUGAGGGUGAGACUGUGAGGCUCUACUGUCGAGCUGGAGGAACACCAAGUCCUGCUCUGUCAUGGAAAAAACUUGGAGGUCAUCUACCUUCACAGGCCAUUCCAUCUUAUGGUUUUCAUCAGUUUAAAAGCAACAGCCUGGAUGUUUUGCAGAGACGCAUCGAGGAGAUGCAGGCUCGAAUGGAAAGAACUGAUAUAGGCACCUUGGUGAUCCCAUCAAUAAAGUCCUCUGAUGCCGGCAUCUAUCUAUGUGUUGGGACUAACGCCGUUGGCUCAUCUGAAGCUCGAAUUGAAGUAUCAGUCAUUGUUGCUGGGAGUGCGCCAUCUCCAGUGAAAAUCGAGCCUGCAUCACCCACCGUGCAAGAGGGCAGGACAUUGGACUUGACAUGCCUUACCAAUGGGUCUCCACCACCUGCAAUAACCUGGCAUAGAUCAGGAGGGUCCCUCUCAUCCAACCACCAGGUAUCAGGACCACGUCUACGCAUUCUCCAAGCUUCAGCAGCCGAUAUUGGAACCUACACCUGCAGAGCAACCAGUGCCCUAGGAACUGAAGAUGCCUCUGUGUCUCUCUCUGUCACUUCCCAACAGUCAAGACAGCAGUCCCCAAUUAUUUCUAUUGAACCUCACAAUGCUGUUGUUCGCCAAGGGGAGAUUGCCAGCUUCAGGUGUCGUGUCUUCAGUGGAACUCAACCAAUUAAAAUUGAAUGGAAAAUGGGAAACAACCAACCAUUGCAAGAUAAUGUGAAGAUUGGUCCUGAUGGAUCAGUGUUAACAAUCGCCAGUGCACGCUUUUCCAACCAAGGGGGCUACCGCUGUGUGGCCAGUAAUCUCUUUGGAAUCACACAUAGUAUUGCCUCACUCACAGUUAAAGGGCCCCCAACAGUGUCCGUCACACCUAAGGGUACGAUCAGAGUGAAAGUUGGAGAACCAAUCAACCUAGAAUGCAAUGGAGCAGGUGACCCUCGACCGACCGUGAGCUGGCGCAGAUUGAAUGAUGCUCAGAAACUCAUCAUUCAAAGCCCAGUGCCAAUGGACUCCAAUGCUGUAAUGCAGAUCCUCGCAGCUAGACAUGAAGAUUCUGGCACCUAUGUCUGUGUAGCCAGGAAUCAAGUUGGCACUGUCCAGGCCCAGGUAGAGGUUAUAGUAGAAGGAGGACCUAUUGUUCCCACUAUCCCAAUUGCUUCUGUAGAGGAGCCUAUGUUGAUAGUGGUAGAAGGAGACACAGCCACCCUGCAUUGUUCAGCCUCAGGAUAUCCUACCCCAACCAUCACAUGGUCAAAGCUGAGAGCACCUUUACCCUGGAAGCACAACGUUGUCAACAACACUCUGAUGCUUCCAAGUGUUGGGCGCCAGGACUCAGGACAAUAUAUAUGUAAUGCCACAAAUGUCAUGGGCACUUCCGAGAUCACCAUCAUGCUUGAUGUAGAAACUCUUCCAUAUGCUACAACUCUGGAGGACAGCCUUUCUGUACAAGUUGGCGAAGUGAUCCGACUGCAGUGUCUCGCCCAUGGCUCAGCACCUCUUAAAUACCAGUGGUUUAAAGUGAAUGGCACCCUUCCCUCCCGUGCUCGAGUUCAGGAAAGCACCCUGCAGAUAAAUUUGGCCGCUACAACUGACUCGGGUACCUACAAAUGUGUGGUGAACAACAAGGUCGGAACUAGUGAAGCUUUUUCAAGUGUCACCGUCAUGUCACACCUAGAGGUGCGUGUGUCACCUCAUAUUGAAGUAAAAGGACCAGGCAGCACCGUGGAGUUCAUCUGUUCAGCCACUGGAGAUCGCCAGACAAAGAUUGAGUGGAUAAAGGAAGGUGGCCAUUUGCCACCAAACCAUAGCAUUGUCAAUGGCAUACUAAGAAUUGAGAAUUUGGAGAAGGCCAAUGAAGGUGUCUACAUAUGCAAAGCUUCCAGCAGAGCAGGCCAAGCUGAAGACCGAGCCAAGCUUACUGUCCAAGCUCUGCCUAAAGUGAUGAUCAAUGUUCGGACUCAAGUCCAGAUGGUCAUGGUGGGUAAUGCCGUGGAGUUUGAAUGUGAAGCUAUCGGAGAUCCCAAGCCUGUGAUUAGUUGGAGCAAGGUGGAUGGGGACCUGCCAUCACACAUUAUGGUCAAAGAGGGCAUGCUGAGAAUUGACCAGGUGAAGGAAUCUGAUGCUGGCCUCUACCGCUGUACUGCAACCAAUGAAGUGGGCUCAGUCCAGUCUGAGGUGGUCCUAAAUGUUCAAACAUUGCCAGUUAUUGCUGCUCAGCCAGAAGUGAAGGAAGUCACUGAGGGAUCAACAGCAGUCUUUCCCUGCUUAGCUUCAGGGUACCCAAUUCCAGAUAUUAAAUGGACAAAGCUGGAAGGGGAGCUCCCAUCAAACACUUCUGUGGAAGGCAACAUGUUGACAAUCCCCUUUGUUACCUCAGAGCACACUGGGACUUAUGUAUGCACAGCCUCAAACAACCAAGGCAAGGUCCAAGCAUUCUCCAUGCUUAAAGUUCGAGAACGUGUGGUGCCUUAUUUCACCCAGACUCCUCUUUCCUACCUCACUCUGCCAACCAUUAAGAAUGCAUAUAAAACCUUUCACAUCAAAAUAACUUUCCGACCGGACACUCCUGAUGGAAUGAUCAUCUAUAAUGGACAGAAGAAGAGCACUGGUGCAGACUUCAUCUCAUUUGGACUAGUAGGCGGACGCCCUGAGUUCAGGUUUGAUGUUGGGUCGGGCAUGGCUACAAUUCGUUACCCAUCUCCUAUUAAGCUGGGCGAGUUUCACACUGUGGUUCUGUAUCGCAAUCAGACUCAGGGCUCAAUUGUAGUUGAUGGACAGAAUCCAGUCAAAGGAAGUUCUCAGGGUAAAUUCCAAGGUCUAGAUCUCAAUGAACAGCUUUAUGUUGGUGGUUAUCCUGAUUAUAAAGCCAUUUCCAAAACCACCGGACUCUCCAGUGGCUUUGUGGGUUGUAUCCGGCAGCUUAUAAUUCAAGACGAUGAGGUCAUUUUUAAAGACCUGGAUCGGAGUUCUACUGGCAUUUCCAAUUGCCCCACCUGCAGAGAUCAGCCAUGCCAGAAUGGUGGCUUCUGUAGAGAUUCUGAAGCAAGUAGUUAUGUCUGUGAUUGCCCUCGAGGGUUUACUGGAAGCAACUGUGAGCAUUACUCUGCACUGCACUGCCACCCAGAGGCUUGUGGACCAGAUGCAACUUGUAUCAACAGGCCAAGUGGAGAUGGCUAUGACUGCAGAUGUCAUCUUGGAAAAUCUGGAGACAAAUGCACUGAAGGCACUUUGGUGACUACACCUUCUUUCAAUGGAGAGACCUCCUUUAUCACUUACCCUCCCUUGACUAACAUCCACUAUGACCUGCGUGUUGAUCUGGAGUUCAAGCCAAUCUUUCCAGACGGGCUGUUAUUCUUCAGUGGAGGCAAAAAGGCGAAGGUGGAGGAUUUUGUUUCUGUUGCUAUCAUAGAUCGAUAUGUUGAGUUUCGAUAUGAACUGGGAACAGGCAUGGCAGUACUACGCAGUGCUGGGCCCUUAGUUCUGGGCAGAUGGCACAGGAUCACUGCAGAACGAAAUAAUCAGCAUGGCACACUUAAAAUAAAUGAUGAAAAAGAGAUCAGCAAGUCCUCUCCUGGGAAGGCGCAGGGACUCAAUAUCCACACCCCUAUGUAUCUGGGAGGAGUCCCCAACUUGAAUAUUAUACCUAAACCAGCUAACAUCUCUGAACUCUUUGAAGGAUGCAUUGGAGAGGUCUCAAUCAAUGGCAAGAAGGUGGAUAUCUCCUAUAGCUUCACUCGCAGUGAGGACAUCUCGCAGUGCACUGAUGACAGUCCCUGUGACAGGAUGCCCUGCCUUAACAAGGGGACAUGUUUCCUGACAGGAGAAUACGAGUACCAAUGUAUCUGCAAGGAGGGGUAUGAAGGUGACCGUUGUGAGAUCAUUGUGGAUAUGUGCCUGGCAGAAAAUCCUUGCAUGAAUGGUGCCGUGUGUACCAAAAAGCAAUGCAUUUGUCCCAUGGGAUUUACAGGCCAAUUUUGUGAGAAAGAAUCACCUAUUCAGUAUUCUGCAUACUUCUCUGAUGGCGGCUAUAUGGCUUUACCAAAGCCUAUGUUUCCCAGAAGUUCCCCAGAAGCUCCUGAAACUAUUGAACUGGAAAUCCACACAACAUCACCUGAUGGUGUGAUACUUUGGCAAGGAGUGGAAUUAGGUGAAGAUGGAAAAGGCCAAGAUUUUAUUAGCCUCGGGCUUGAAAAUGGACAUGUUGUUUUCAGUUAUCAGCUUGGAAGUGGUGAAGCCAAAAUCAUAUCAGAAGAUCCUAUUAACGAUGGUGACUGGCACAAGGUUACUGCAGUAAGGGCUGGAAGGCAUGGAUAUGUCCAGGUGGAUGGAGAUGAUGUGGUGACAGGGGAGUCUGGAGGAGCUAAGGUCAUGGUCAACACCAAAGGGAAUAUUUAUUUAGGGGGCACUCCAGACAUUGAAAUACUAACUGGUGGGAAAUUCCAGUCUGGAAUCACAGGAUGUCUCAAGAACCUUGUCCUUAUGAACGCCCGGCCAGGAGAGGCACCCCAUCAACCCAUUGAUUUUCAAGUUCACGCCGAAGAUGGGGACAAUGUUAAGGAGUGUCCUUCUUAGGCUCUCCUGUGUUUACAAGGACAAAGACAAAGACUUUGGAGGGAAAAAAACAUACAAAAAGGAAAAAAGAAAUGGUGCUUUGCUGCUACCAAAAAAAAGAAAAAACAACAAAAGGAUUGUCUUGUGUUCUGUAUUGAAAAGCAAAAACAAAAAAAGAAAAAUUAACAGGAAGUCUUUAUAAAUCAUCCCCCUUUGUUGCAUUGAAUGAAGGACUGUAACAAACAGUAAGAUUCAGGUCAGUCACCACUUUGCCCAACAAUCAGCACAACAGAGCAUCCUUAUUGGCCCCUAGUCAAGGAAGAGCCUAUGGAGUUUACCGUUUUUGUACAGCACUGAAUUGUUUCUUACGGGAUAUAAACACAGCCCUGACCCAGUUUGGUAGUUUUGUUUUCUACAAUCCAGGUUCUAAUACUGUGUUUUUAUGUCUUUGUGGCUGAGUUGUGUUAAUACUUGAAGAUUUAUUUUUUUGCCCUUGUCUUUCAUUUAACUAUUUACCCCUUAUGGUGCCCUCCGUGCCAUGAAGUGGGCAUGCUCUGGACCCUCUUGCAAGAAAGGAUAAAUCCUUGUAGCUCUGUGUUUGCCUUUUUGACAGAUACAAUUUCUGGGGUUUAUUUCACUGAAAUCUCUAAUAUUAAAGGAAUCUUUCUCAACCCGUGGGGUUACUAGUGAGAUUUGGACAUUUUAUUUAAUUCCCAGAAGGGGAUUUGGAGACUGAUAGGAAAGUCUGGAAUAGAAUUCUGCAGAGAGGGUGAUGGUUCCCUUACCUUCCCUGCAGAAUUACUCUUAGACACAGUUUACUGAAAUCACGCGUCCUAUGACAGUGACAGUAAACAUAGCAACACAUAAACUGGCCGCAUUCUAACGUUGACAAUGACUGUGCCAGACUUUGAAGGAAUGUCCAAGUUAAAUUCCCUUCCUCCCCUUUUUACACAUAAGAAUAAAAAUGGAGGGUCACACAAACCUUCUAUUGAGGUCCUCAAGUAUACAGAGGUUGACAAUCAUGCUCUUGUCAUGCCUGUUCAAUGGUGCUAUUUUUGGGAAACUAAAUCCCAAUGAAAACUACAGUAUUUAUAUUUAAAAAGCCAUGGUGCUCCCAAGACUUCCUCAAGAAAAUGCCUUUGGGUCAUUCGUUACCUCUGAUUUUAUACGGCACUGAAAAUAUUUUGAGACAUCAUCUGAUUUUUAGUGAUUCUUGUUACUACUCCCCAGUUCCUUGAUCCAUCUGUAGAAUAAAAAAUCAGUUGUAAAGAGCAGAGUAUCCCAAUGAUGUAGAGUGAAAAAGGUGGAAAGGUUUGAAAGCCAAAGCCUCAGGAACUUUAAUCUAAAGCACUCCAUAUUCAGGUAGCAAGUGUUUAGUCAGUUUGGUUGCUGUCAUACAAGAUGAGUUAGCAGCCAUGAAAUGGCUUUCAUCAAAGGUUUUAUGGUUUCCUGAAAGGUCCCAUUGACACAUCAGCCAAUCAGCCAUAUAGUGGUCAUCUCAAACUGCCUCAACUAUAUAAGUGCCUCUGCUUUUCUAUUUGGAGAUCACCAAGAUUGCAUAGUGAUAAACUGAAGAGCAUUUUCCCAACUUUGAAUAAUGUGGAAUCAUGGUGCGCCUGGUCUUGAGUGAUCAUUUACUCUAAUACUUAAUCAUAUAAAUUACAAGACAAAUGUCUAAAAAAGCCAUGACAACAACCUACUUUGACUCAAAUGAGACUAGUAAGUUAAUAACAGAAGAGUUGAUUCCCCACCUUGUGUCCAUUGCUGUCCCCACCACGAACUCAAACUGGAUAAGCAGGCUUGGAAGUGGAUUGGUGGAGGGUCGUGAAAGAAAGAAGGACCUCUGAACUCACUAAGUUAACGUGUGUAUAAUCUGCCCCCAAAAUGUCAACAACACCAUCAUAAAGAAGAAUUUGUGAAGAAGCUAAAAGCACCAAAAGCUUGUUUACCUUCCAUGGUGGUUUAGAUUCAUCUGGUCCUUACUGAAGUUGCAGAUUUUUGCUGUGCAGGCAACAGAAAUGAUUUUCAUCAUAAUUUAGCUAAUGUCUGGGUGAGUAGAUGACACCAUCGUAUUCGACUCUGCCCUGAUUUGUGAAUUUUUCUCCAAAUAUUAACUAACACACAAAUAAAUUUCUAAACUCUUAAAAUGAGAAAACGUCAACAUUCAAACGACAGAGGCUCAAGUUCCAAUGAAAUGUAAACAGAUAUGCUUUGAAUGGCAUACCCCACAGCCGAACAGUGAUUUCUGCUUCCGUUUCUCCUAGCAGCUUUCCUUCAGUAUACCUGAAGAGAAUGAUUUAGCAGCCAUCUAUUUAAACUUCCCAUCUUUCAAUGAAUCUAUUGAUUACAUGAGCUCACCAAUAAUUUACAGAGUUUAAAGUUAGGCUUAAUGACGUGACAUUGUGCGUUUAAAUUCAGAAAUGAUGAGUUGGGGCCUACAAUUCCAUCAAAGCCACUGUACUAAAAUGAAGGAUCCAUGACUGUGACAUUGCUGCUCUUUUUCCUCUAAUUCUUUCCAGAAGCCAUGACCAGAAAAUACUUCAGUAGAUCAUUAUCGUUGUCAUCUUACUUUGGUGAACUCAGCCAGGCAAGCUGAUUCAUAUAGCACCUUGUGUACGUGAUCACUAUCACAAAGCACUUUAGGAAAGCAGCACGGAUAGUGAAGCAUUCAUGAUGAUCAUUUACAAAAUGGAAAUGAGGGGCGUUUGUAUUGCAGCAUGAAAGUUCAGGCAUGCUUUUUAGAACAGAAUGGAUUAAACACUCAGCGCAAGGUCACCUUAUUUUAUUUGCACACAAUUAAAGGUCCCCGUGACCCUGCCCAAGAUUAAGUAUGCUUAGGAAAUGGUGUGGUACAGUGAAAGGCUCCUGAGGCAGUGGUCACCAUUAGAUGAAUUGAGAAGUUGGCCAAGAAGGGCCAUCUAGUGGUCAGUGCAGAGUGCUGUGCCCUUUUGCACUAGAUAUCACUUCUCUUGUGUUCAGGAAUCUGUGUAACAGCUGCUGGCAAGAGAACUAAGAUUAGUUUGGACAGAAAUUGUAAUUAGCAAACAAACUGGUCUGGGUUGAGACCUUUUUUUACUGGUUCAAAAGACACGGAUGUGUUGUCACUUUUGUCAAAUCUAUGCACGUUUCAUUUUUAUUCCUAAAAAUAACACAUAAUACACACUUUAGCGUAAUGGUCUGCCAGGCUCUAGACCUGUGGCCUGCUCUGUAUCCUUCUUCAUGCUCUUCUAUUUGUAAGCCAAAAAAAAACAAAUGAUAAUGGCGAUCCUCCCGCCACAUCAUGUCUACGAGCUCCAGCAUAAAAGAGGAAAAAGUGCCUUGUUCCUUUGCAUUUGUGGUGAUUUUUUUGUAUGUUUUUUUUUUUUUUUUAGUAAUUUCUGGAUUCAUUUUAGAAUCAAAGCAGAAGACAAGUCAAGUCAAGCGAAGCAGAGCACAUUUUAAUUCUCCAUGCAUUCUUUGUCCAGCAGCUUAGUUUGCUGAAUGACUUUGUAUUUGAAGUACACGGUUGUUUUAGUCAAAUGGAAGAAUAAUUCUCACUAACAGUCUCUAAAGUACCUGUUUGGGGAUCACGCUUGGGCCCUCGGUCCUCUAGGCCCUAAGACAAAUUCUUUAUUGAAACUGGGAACUGGUGUCCUAAUGCUGGCGGGCCUUUUAUUGUAAAGGCCACUGUUUACUGACUGCGCCUAACUUUUGUCUUUUUAAAUUUUUUUUUAGUUUUUUCAAUUUUUUUUUCUUUCUUCACUCAAACGAAGUGCACCUCGACGUAUAGAAAGCAAACCGCUUUGUUGUAAAGCUAGCAAGAUGCAACUUGAGAGUAGAUAAAUGGAGUCUUCCUAUUGCAUUGUUAAUUUUGGAGAAAGACUGAUGAAUAGGAUUUUUACAGCCAUGAUAUUCUUGCCAUCAUGUGGCUUUCUUUUCGCCAUUUUAAUUUCCCCAAAUGCAGCUUUAAUACUACUGAAAUGUGUUGUGCUGUUGCUCUUUAUGGUUUAUUUUAAAACAAUUUUUGGGUUAAAGAUUUUUUUAAUAUAGGCUAAAAUACCUGUAUUGCAUAUAUAUAUAUAUAUAUAUAUUUAUCAUUGCUUUUAAAUGUUCUUUUAUUAAACUGUCAUCUUGCAGUACUACCA